AUGGACGACACCUCUGCGCCCCCACCAGAAUCGACCACCGCGCCAACAGCAGAACCCGCCGCUGCUGCACCACCUCCAGUUUUCUUCCGUGCCGGCAAGAAGAAGAGAGCCUUCCGUCAGCGAGCCGAUGAGACGGACGCGGAGCCAACAGUGCAGACAGAUUCAUCGGCGACCAUCAAUACCAGCAACGAUUCGACAGCCACAGGCCAGGCUGCUACUUCAUCAACCGAGCCGGCAGUUUCUGGGACAGUUGCCACGACGACGACUACAACGAUAACAGCAGCAGCGAAACGCGAUGAAGAUGUUAAAGAAGGCGGCGGUCUGUCCGUAGCGGAAGUGCUACGGCUUCGGAACGCGAAGAAACACAGACUAGGCGGCGUCGCCUUCCGAGCUGGUGACGAGUCCAGCCCGACACCGCAGAAUGCCGAGCAAGCGAUGGUUCUACACGACGGCGCCGGAAAUGGAGGAGGAGAAGUGCAAAAGGCUGCGAUUCUCGGAGGAGUCGCCGAGCGCUUUGCGCCGCAGACCGGUAUGGUCGGCGAGCUAGUCAACAAACACAUGGAGGAAUACAUAGAAUCCGAGCUGGCUAGACGAAAGCGGCUCGCCGCAGAACACCGGGCACAGCAAGAAGGAGGACAGAACGGCGGCGGCAGCAGCAGCAGUAAUGCGACGACGACUGGCAUGACGAAUCUCCUUGCGGCCGAUCCGACGCUGAGCAUGGGCGGCGGAAAGGUCGAGUCUCAGCGAGCUCUCCAUGGCAAGCUGAUGGAGAUCGAUCUCGGCGAGGAAGCGCGCGCUCGCAAUAUUGCGGAGACGGAACGCGCGAGACGCCGGCUCGAAGGCCAGAUCCUGGAGGAGGAAGAGGAUGCGGAUGGGCGUCGCAAGAAGGUCCGCCUUGGCCCUGACGGAAAGCCGUGGCGGUCGAGGAAUCGCAGGGAUAGCGACGCCCUGAAGCGGGAUCAGCAAGUGGAGGAGUUUCUACGCGAGAACAGACUGGACGUUUACGACGUGCCCUCCGACCAGCCCGAAUAUGCCACCAACAUGGACGACGACGAGAUGGCCGCCGACGAUCGCAUUGCCGAAGAGUUCCGGCGCGACUUCAUGGACGCCAUGUCGCAGAGACACCGGCGCAGAAGACCGGCUGUCAACGCCACCGCCAGGCCUUCGGCCAGGAACCAGGACGCCGAGAUCCUCAAGGGUCCCAAGCUGGGCGGUAGUCGCAAUGCCAGAGCGGCUAUGCGGGAGAAGUUGCUCAGGGAGCAGGAGCAGUCGAAGAGGCGCUGA